ACACUCUUUUUUCGUUCGCUAAAUUUGCAUAAUGAGAAGCAAAGGGCAUAGCCAUAACAAGUUCAUGCGGUUCAUUACAGUCCCUUUGAAAGCGUUGGGCAAAGCCAGGGAUCUAUAUGUUAGAAGUUUCACAAGCUGUGCUUCAAGUGUCAGCUAUGGACAUGCAGCUGAACAAUACUCGGGGUUGCCGAGGAGCUUUAGUUUAAUCUCGGCAACCUCCGAUGACAAGGAUGAUUUUAGAGAGCUUAUUAGAGCUGCAUCUGUUAGGAGCUUGGGUCAUAGGGAUGGACUGGAUAUGCUUUUUCGACAACAACAACAACAGAGGGUGCGGAUGGGAUCGAAAGGGUUGCCGAAGAGCAGCAGCGUUGCGAUGGGAAGAAUUGAUGAAGAAAACCCUUGUGAAUUUGAAGAAAAUGAAGCUGCUGUUGUUGAUAAGAAGCGAGAUUUGUUGUAUCCGAGGAGCAAAAGCUAUGCUGUCACGAAAACAAGUCCUUCUUUUGAUUCCUACUGAUGAUUGUGUUAUGAAGUUGCAUUCAAGGAGAAGAGGACCCUUUAUUUUUUCUCUUG